GGCGGGACGGCGCGCGGCUGAGGCGCCGGGGAUCGCGGCGGGCGGUGAGCCUCCUCCGAUGCGGCAGGGUCGCUCCCGAGCCCCUCGCUCCAUGGGGGAGCCGCGUUACCUGCAGGCCGAGUGCACCUUCCGGCCCGGGGCGCACACGGUGCGGGUGACCGUGGCCCGCUCCACGCUGCGGGUGGAGGUGGAGGCUCACGGCACCGCCGACCUGUGGAGGGGCGAGUUCGAUGCCGCCUUCAUCGAGGACCUGACGCGCAAAACGGGGAAUUUCAAGCAGUUUGGCAUUUUCUGCAGCAUGCUGGAGUCGGCUCUGACGCAGAGUAGUGACUCUGUCAGCCUGGAGCUCCUCACCUACACCGACCUGGAGACCCUGCACAGCCGCAAAGUGGGGGCAGUCACCCGGCCUCCCCCUUCCACCUCAUCCCCCCUCAACAGCAAGCGCUACCUCAUCCUCGUCUACUCCGUGGAGUUCGACAGGAUCCAUUACCCGCUGCCACUGCCCUACGCGGGGCGGCCGGACCUCGUGGCCCUGGUGCGGGAGCUGCAGGAGCAGCUGGCACAGCUCCGGGCCCGGCGCCUGGAGGAGACCCAACGCCUGCGGGACGCGCUGUGGCAGGCGCUGGAGGAGAAGCGGGCAGCAGAGGCCCGGCACCAGCGCGAGUACCGGCAGCUGGCUGCAGAGCUGACCCAGGCAAAGUCGUCAGAGCAGAGGCUGCAGCUGCGGGUGAAGAACCUGACUGCUGAACUGGCCUCCUACAGGAGGGGCCGCCAGAAAUCUGCCAGCCCGGCCCCAUGCCCCCAGGAGCAACGCUCAGCGUCCCUGGAGAGCCACAGGAGCAGCCGGGGCCGCCCCUCGCCGAAGUCCCUGUCACCUGCAGGCUCCCGUCAGCCACGCUUCGACCCCACUGCCUAUGUCAGGGCCCGCCAGCGCCGGCAGAAGGAAGCUGAGCUCAGAAACCAGCGGCAUGGAGUGGCCUCUGGCAGCACCAGCCCAGCGAGGAGCCACAGGCGCAGCUCGUCUGCUGAAAGCUCCCGGAGCUGGCGCCUGGGAGGGAGCCCUGGCAGCAAAGCCAGUGAGCGCCCCGAGCCCGUGCCCUGCAGGGACAGGAGAGUGACCCGUACACGGAGACCCCUGAGCACCUCAUCCUUCAAUGGUCCCUCUAUGGUGCCUCGCCCAGCUGCCAGCCACAAGCUGCCAGUGUGCAGGACUGGUGGCAAGCGCUCUGGUAAAGAGAACCGCUCCAAGGAGCCCUCAGCUGAACUGGCGGAGAUCGAUGCCCGGCUGCAGGCUCUGCAGGAGUACAUGGACAGCCUGAACACCUGCAUGUGACCCCCUCCAGGACACACACCCUCUCCCAGUGUCCUCUGGGGGUGACAGUGGUGGUGUGGUACAAGUGUCCCCCAAAUAAACCCUUGUGUGGCCCCA